AUGAACUAUUGCAAUUCUCAGUUUCUGGCUCUGUGUGUCUCUCAAAAAAACAACAACAACACCAUGGUCAAUAAAAGAUUGAGCCAGCUAUCUGGCUUCUUUAGCGAGAUUUUCAAGUUCAGGAAAACAUCGCUAACUUUAGUGGCGAUUAUCACCUACAUUGUUGUGUUCAUCAUCGAUGGCUACGCCGAAUACUCCGCCCUUCAAGUCCCAGUCCCCGAACCUUUCCAUUUGACCAGCAGUUGGUACGAUUUACAGAAAAUAUCUGAGAAGCCCCAUCCUUUCACCUCUCAUGCCAACGACGAAGUGUUUGAUUAUAUUUAUGACCGAGUGAACUAUUAUGCGGCUAGAGACCCAACGUUAGUCGAAGUGGCAUCAGAUAAGGGCAAUAGUUCACUUUUCAAACAAAGAGACGUGUUCAAUGACAGCUCUGUUGAUUCGAGAAUUAUCUAUUUUGAAUCUGGCAACAUUCUCGUGAAAAUUAAAGGGUCAGACCCAACAUUGUCAGGGGUGUUAGUGUCGGCACACUAUGAUAGUGUAGGGACCAGUUAUGGUACCACUGAUGAUGGUAUGGGAAUUGCUUCAAUGUUGGGUGUUUUGGAUUACGUCACUACCAAUACUAUCCAGCCAAAAAGAGAUAUUGUCUUCAAUUUUAACAAUGACGAGGAAUUCGGAUUACUUGGAGCAACGGUGUUCUUCCAUCAUCCUUGGUCACAGUCCGUGGAAUAUUUCAUAAAUUUGGAAGGUACUGGUGCCGGUGGAAGAGCUAUUUUGUUUAGAGCCUCAGACUACGGUAUUGCGAAAUAUUACAAGCAUGUCCCAUCGCCAUUUGCCUCAUCGAUAUUCCAAGAAGGAUUCAGUAACCGGGUGGUGGGCAGUGAAACUGAUUACAAGGUAUAUCUUCAAAAUGGUUUGAAAGGUAUGGAUAUUGCAUUCUACAAACCAAGAUCCUUGUAUCAUACGUAUAGAGACUCGAUUUCCACCACUUCCAAAGGAUCUUUAUACCAUAUGUUGAGCAGUACUCUAGGGGUACUUGAGGCGCUUGCCAAUGAGGAAAUCAUUGAGAAUGAUGAGAGUGCCGCGGUUUAUUUCGAUAUUUUCGGCAAAUGGUUUGUCAUUUUGUCAAUUAAUACCUUGUACACUUUGAACAUUAUUUUGUUGGCAAUUAUCCCGGUUAUUAUUAUUGUCCUAAUGAUUGUGGUUUUAGGAAGAGGCACCUGGAGAAUUACCGAUUCCAAGCUCUCUGCAAUUUUAAGAUUGCCUAUCAGUAUGGAAAUUUCUUGUAUGUUCACUUUCUGGAUAAGCGAUUUAAUUCAACGCAAAAACCCCUUAAUUUUGUCGCUUAAUUACAAUAUUGUGUUGAUCAUUAUGACCUCGACAUUUGUGUUGAUCAACUACAUCAUUUUAAAUUUUUUCAACAACGUUUGGAAAAUCCAUGACCAAAAAUUGAUGGUACUCUUAGAGUUAACCUUAUUUUUUUGGUGGUGGACGAUCGUCGCAACAGUUAGAGCGGCUCCUCCAAGUGUCAAUACUGGGGAAUGGAUUUUCACGUUAUUGUAUGUUUUGUUCGGUAUCAAUAGCAUAUUUGGAUUGCUUAGUCUUUCAGUUAAGAGUAGACCAGAAAGCCCUGUGAUUGUUGUUUAUGAUCCUGUUGAACAAUAUCAUGAAGACGAACAAGCUCAUGAAGAAAAUGUUGAUUAUGAAGAAGAAGAUAAUGUUGAUGAAAUAGAUAUUGAAGAGGAAGCAGAAGAAGCUACCGAAUCCUCGCCAUUAAUCAGCAGAUCUGAAAUUCCUCAACACGCUGCUGCUCUUUCUAAAAAACUCAAGCAAAAAUUUAUUGACUCUUUGAAUUAUGAUUGGUCGAUCCAAUUUUUCCUUUUGGUGCCAAUUAGUGUCUAUUUUGUUUAUUUCAAUGGCCAUGAAUUGUUACAAGCCACUUAUCAGAAUUCUCACGAUGGAACUAAAUCCAUAGACCAAGUAUUCUUAUUUUUGAAAUACGUUGCCAUUGGCCUUGGUAUUCCUCUUUUACCAUUUGUUCAUAAAUUGAACUACGUGAUACGAUUUGCAUUACUUGCCAUCAUUAUUUUUGGGUCGAUUGUUGCUACGACGAUUUUCCCAUUCAGUUUUAAUAAUCCAUUGAAAGUUUCGUUUUAUCAAAAUAUUGAUUUAGAUAAUGGUUCAUUGCCGGUGGUGAAUGUUGCUGGUAGUGCCUCGUAUAUCAAAAGUUAUUUGCAAGAUCUUCCAAGUUUGAAAAACACCGAUGAUACUCCAGCCAUCACUUGUGUGCCAUCAUAUAGAGCUGGUCAAGAGAUUUGUUCAUACGUUGGGGCUGAUCCAAAUUUGAUCAACAAUGCCACCGGAAAAACCCAAUUCGAAGAUAUGUUGAGUUACACCGUGAUCAAGAACACUAAUACUGACAAUACUGGAAAUAAAUCGCCGUAUGAACCAUACGAAGCGGAUUUUUAUAUCAAUGUGAAGGAUAAUAGACAUUGUGUAUUAGGAUUUAACACCACAAAAUACUCGUCUUUCAAAUAUGGUAAAUCGCCAUUACGUCUAUUGACUAUCUAUCAUGAUGAUGAACACAAAAAUGUCGGGGUUAAUGCUUCAUCCUCGAUGGCAAAUUCUGAAGAGGUUUCCUUUAAUGCAUUGCCAACCGGUUACCUGAAGGAUAAGCAAGGUAAUGAAUAUUUCAAAUGGUUCAAAGGGAUUGAUCAAAUCCAACUCCAUAAAUACGAUUGGGAUCAAGAAUACUACCAUAUUGGACUCCAAUGGAUCCCAAGGUGGUUUGACGAUGAGGAAGAGGAUGAUGACAAUCAAGAUGGAUUGAACGAUAAUGAUAAUGAUGAUCCAAGCUUGAGCAAAUUGGGGGUGACGGUAGAAUGUUAUUGGGGGGAAUACGAUACCCAAGUAAAAGUGGGUGAUGAAUUGGUCCGGGUGUUGCCAGCAUUCGAUGAGUUGAUGCAAUAUAGCCCAGAAUACAUCAUUUACACCAAAGCGUUGCCAGGAUUGGUGAAGAUUAAAAAGUACAUUGAAUUAUAA